UCUGAGAUUGAAUGUGUGCUUAGAAAUGAGGUUCUCACAUGGAACAGAGACAUUCCCACCUGUCAGGCGAUUCCCUGUGCACCCCCUCCAGAAAUCGCAAAUGGGCAGCACAGUGGGAUGGACAAGGAGCAUUUUGUGUACGGGGAUUCUGUCACCUACUGGUGCCACAGCCCCAGGAGGGGGCAGAGACCUUUCUCCCUGGUGGGAGAGGCCACAAUUAUCUGCACAACCACGGAUAACAUGAACGGUGUGUGGAGCAGCCCAGCUCCAGAAUGCAAAGUGGUGACGUGUAAGCAGCCAAGAGUGGAGAAUGGGAAGCUGCUGAGCGGGUACCGACCCCACUACACCUUUGGGGACACCGUGGUGUUCGACUGUGACUUGCACUACAGCCUCAGCGGCAGCGGGGCCUCCAGCUGCAGGGACAGUGACCUC